CUUCCCCACCAACCAUCCUCCUCCCUCGCUCCCUUUCUCUCUCUCCCGAGCGCAUCUGGCCCCACACCGCCGUCGACCGCGAGGCCGGGGACCUCACCGCGCCGCCUCUGAACGUCCAGGGGGGCCGCCGCCUUCUCCUUCGUCCUCUCCGAUCCGCCGGGACAAGCCGGACCGCCCUGCAGCUCGCCAUCGUUGCCGUCUCCACCACGAGCACGCUCCUCUGCCCCGGCUCGUCCUCGACGUUCCGGUCCACCCCGAGGCCCUCUGUCGUCGCCGUUCGCUCCUCUGCAUCCACACACUGCAGCUUCAGAAGAUAGCUAGCCAGGCUGCAAGAUCUACCAUUCCCCAAUACUGAUUUGAUUUGGACUGGUGCUAAAUAUGGAACAAGAGUCUUACGCAACACGAUUUGGCCGGAGAAUGGCCUCUCGUAGGAAGAAGAUGGCUGCAUACCGAGAAGAUUGGAAGGAGGGCAGACCCAGCCCAUUGAAGCGGGUGCGGCCAGAAGAGAGGUCGCUUAACCAUUAUGUGCUCUGGCAGACGUACGUUUUGAUGGCCGUAAGAGGCUUGGGCUACUUGGCUCUUCUAUGGUCGACGGUGGUCCUCCUGGGUGGUUUCGUCACCUUGCUGCGGAGGAAGGAUUUCUGGUGCCUUGCAACCAUUAGCAUGUUACAGGCAUCCAGGAUCGUGAGCGAUGUGGAGGACCAGCGGUCCUCCAAUUUUGCCGAACUGUACGUCAACGCUCAUGCGUACUUUGUGGGAAUCAUACAGAUUACUACUAACAAAUAUGCUGCUAGAGAGCUGUCUCGGUGUUGCUACUGUGCCUUUUUAUCGGGUCUUAUCCUAUGCUGGCCUGUCAUCGCCGUGCUUAUGAGCUUAGUGUUACUUGUACUGUUCAUCCACCAUUAUGGGCAUUUCGUCUGUGUCGUGCUCUCAUUGUGGCGCAUAGUACAGCGUGAUUAUGGAAGCAACGAUGGAGACGGCAGCAAAGCAAAUAUGAUGCCAGCUCUAGACAUAUUCUAUUCUUUGGUUCUUUGCCAAGGUGCGCUCUGGUUUAUAUGGGUGUGGAUCAGUUCUGGGGCGAUGUGGCUUGUCGUUUCUCUGCGUCGAGCAUGCAAGUUCCCGGAGAAGUGGGGCAGCAUAUCGGUUUCGGAGUACCUCCUGGACACACUAGAGAAAUGCUGGCGGGACCCUAUGUCCAUACAUGGCAGGAAGGUGAUCAACUAUGCCGUUGACUUGCUUGACUCUGACUCGCAGAAAGAUUACCUCUCGGGAGCAAGGAUGCUGGACACCUUCAUUAAGCUGGACGCUGAUGUAAGAUCAGUUAUUCUCCCCUCUAGGCCAAAGAUUCAGAAGCUGAUCGAUACAGUGGGAUCGAGAAGCAGUGAUAGAGAGAUCAGGGAGCUUGCGGCCAGGAUCAUCGCCUAUCUUGCAGGUGAUAUCCACCUAACCCAGUUCCCUGGGGCAAUACGGUGCAUAUCCUCUGUGCUCGAUACCACCCUGCCAUAUUGGAACAACCAACAAGGACACAAUCAUUACUCAACUCAAAGUAAGUCAAAAAAGUCUUUUUAUUCUAAAGAAAAAUUGAUUUUUCAUGUCAGAAACAUAGAGGAACGUAGAGCAAACAAGGUUAAAGCCCAAGAGGGUGACUUUCAGCAAGACGAACUAAAUAAUUCUUCGACCAAUGGCAGCAAAGGAGCUGGCUGGAAUGAGCUGAUUCUACAAGGCAUGACAAUUCUCGAGAAGCUCGUGGCCGACCAGCAGAACUGCAGCGACAUAUGCAGCACCCCUGGUCUGCUCCCCAAGAUCAUGGCGCCUCUUAACUCCGAGACACUAAUCCAAGAUAUCAGUAUAAAUGCAUGGGCAGAUAUAGUAAACGGAUCGUUCAAAGUGCUUCACAGGCUCAUCUGCGUUCCUGAGUGGACAGGUAGAUGGGUACACUCUGAAAUAGCUUCUAGCGAACAUGCAGUGAGCAACCUGGAGGAAAUUCUUGAUGAGGGCAACAGAAAUGUCGAAGAACUGCAGAUGCGAGCCAUAGAGAUCCUGACCGAACUGGCUUUGGAUAUGCAAACAGAUCUUAGCAGCAAAACAAAAGAAAUUCUCCUCAAGAAGCAGCUGCAGAUCUUCCUUACUGAUGGCGAACCAGAAGAACAUGACAGUAAGUUCAUCACAGAAAGGCUGAAAGUAACGGCUGGUAAAACAUUGGCACUAUUAGCCAAGACAGCAACUGUGUCCGCGCUUGUAGUGAGGGAAUAUGAGAACAUUGUUGAAGUACUUGAUGCUAAGAACAAAAUCAUUUACAGAACAAUUGCAGCGGAGAUCUUGGAGAAUUUGUGUAUUCACCAUAAGAUGGACAAGGAACAUGUGAAGACUAUAUUGCUGCCAAAGGUACUAAGAGAAGUACUAACCACUGAAGCAUCUGAAAGCAAUGUUUCUGCAUUGGGAGAUGAUGCAGAAAACCAUCAACUUUCUGCACUGGGAAAUGAUGAAGAAAAACAACUUCCGAAGCACAAGAGGCAAAUGAAGUCAGCCGAUCAAGCAAAUGAGGAGCAAACUGCUAUGAUGGAAUUGCAAGAAGCGUUUUUAUCUCUUACUUUGGUGAUAUGCACUGAACUGAUCAGUGCGGAUGACUUUGAUGAUGUGGCUCGAAAAGUUGCCCCAGCAGAAGGUGGAUUUGUGGCGAAGCUGAAGACUAUAAUAGAAGAGAACUGUGAGGACACGGCUAACAGCCUAAGAAUUGUCAAGCUUUGUGGUCAGAUUGCUGUUAGAAUGAUGCGGCGUGGCCAGUACAGUGCGCACUUCAAGGAUCAGAAAUUCGUGGAGACACUGUCUAAGGCUUCGAUAAUCAUGUCUAACCUUGAAAGCUGCAUGCUCUUCGCUGGGACUGAUUGUGGAACGAAGAAGACUGCCAGACCCCUCCUGUCGGAUCUCGUGAAAGAGGCACACGUGUUGGUUGCUUAAAAAUGUAGUCGUGAUUUCUGCCAGUCUGAUGUCCUAUUUCUGUAGAGGAAACAAUCAUGUAUGCAUCUCGCUUGUUUCAUUUCUAAAACAAGAUUGUAUUGCUGAAAUUAUACCCAUUUUAUGGAACAAAUAAUGCUACCACUUUGGUAUGUGAUAGUCAGUUUUUUUUCAUGGUAA